ACAGUUGAACAAGUCAAGUCCACAGGAACGCCAGCCGGCGUUUCAUUCACCCGAUUUUGUGAAGAGAAUAUUUUCUUCAACGUCAAUCAAGAAAAAGUUCACGAUUCCUUUUUGCACAUUUUGACGCCACCACAGUUUAUCACUCCUUCAAAAUGGGCUUCAAAUUCUUAGAAGUCAUCAAGCCUUUCUGCAGUAUACUGCCUGAAAUUGCCAAACCUGAGCGCAAAAUUCAGUUUCGCGAAAAAGUGCUAUGGACAGCCAUCACUCUCCUCAUCUUUCUUGUGUGCUGCCAGAUCCCUCUGUUUGGCAUCAUGAGCUCAGACUCUGCCGAUCCCUUCUACUGGAUCCGUGUCAUCCUGGCUUCCAACAGAGGAACGCUCAUGGAGUUGGGCAUUUCCCCCAUCGUCACAUCUGGCCUCAUCAUGCAACUUUUAGCUGGCGCCAAGAUUAUUGAAGUUGGUGACACUCCAAAGGACAGAGCUCUGUUCAACGGGGCGCAGAAACUUUUCGGUAUGGUCAUCACGAUCGGUCAAUCGAUUGUGUACGUCAUGACGGGCAUGUACGGUGAACCUAGUGAAAUUGGUCGCGGUGUUUGCUUGCUGAUCGUCAUCCAGCUGUUUAUCGCCGGCUUGAUUGUCCUGUUGCUUGACGAGCUCCUCCAAAAAGGUUACGGUCUCGGCUCGGGUAUCUCACUCUUUAUCGCCACCAACAUUUGCGAAACGAUCGUAUGGAAAGCGUUCAGCCCGACGACAGUCAACACUGGCCGAGGCACUGAAUUCGAAGGCGCCGUUAUUGCCUUGUUCCAUCUGCUGGCCACCCGACAGGACAAGGUGCGCGCUCUUCGCGAAGCCUUUUACCGCCAAAAUCUGCCCAACUUGAUGAACUUGUUGGCUACCGUCCUCGUCUUUGCCGUAGUCAUAUACUUCCAGGGCUUCCGUGUCGACUUGCCCAUCAAGUCUGCCCGUUAUCGCGGCCAAUAUUCGUCCUACCCCAUCAAGUUGUUUUACACGUCCAACAUUCCCAUCAUCUUGCAGUCUGCCCUCGUCUCCAAUUUGUACGUCAUUUCUCAAAUGUUGGCCGUCAAAUUCGCUGGCAACUUUUUGGUGAACUUGCUCGGCGUCUGGGGCGACGUUGGAGGAGGCGGUCCGGCCCGUGCCUACCCCAUUGGUGGGCUGUGUUACUACCUGUCUCCGCCAGAGAGUCUGGGUCACAUUGCUGAAGAUCCCAUUCACGCCUUCCUUUACAUUUGCUUCAUGUUGGGCUCUUGCGCCUUUUUCUCCAAGACGUGGAUCGAUGUGUCCGGCUCAUCCGCCAAAGAUGUUGCCAAGCAAUUGAAGGAACAACAGAUGGUGAUGCGUGGCCAUCGCGAGACGUCAAUGAUUCACGAGUUGAACCGAUACAUUCCAACUGCUGCUGCUUUUGGUGGUUUGUGUAUUGGAGCUCUUUCGGUCAUUGCAGAUUUCAUGGGCGCUAUUGGUUCCGGUACGGGUAUCCUUUUGGCCGUGACCAUCAUCUACCAAUACUUUGAGAUCUUUGUGAAGGAGCAGAGCGAAAUGGGUGGCAUGAGCACGCUCCUCUUCUAGAAUAACAAAAAUUACUUUCCUUUUCUUUUCUUUUUUUUUUGUUCUUGCCCUUUCGUUCAUCCAAAGCGACAAGUUGACAUACAUAUGAAAAACACUUAAUUUACCACCACCAUAUAGAGAGGAAUUGAUUUAUAAAACAACGCCGCGUCCCACUCGCUCCGCCCCGUCACAAUGCAAACGUCUUCAGGUGGACUUUUUUUUUUCUUUUUUAUUGUGAAUUUUCCUCGAAAAUUCGACAACAGUUUCAGGACGUUGAAUUGUGUGUGGGGAAAAGUGGGUCAAGUUUCAGAAUUAAGAGUAAAAGAAACGGACUUGUUUGUACGUUGACCAAAAUAUAAUAAAUACAACACCUGAUGGAAACUGGACCUCAAAA